GUCUCUGUCUUUACAUUUUGUUUUCUUAGGUCUGCUCUCUGGUCUGUUUAUUGAUAACAUUAAAUGUUUAACUGCAGGAGUAGAUACUCCUGAUGUUCUGCCUUGGCCGAUUCAGUCGUUAAAUGAAAUGCUUGGAUGAUGAAAGAGCAUCGUAAUGCGUUUUGAUUAUGCCUGUUUGGAUCAGCUUGGUCUUAUCUUUAACGCGUAAUUGCUAUUUUAAUAGGAUAAAAUCAGACGAAAUACGACAGCAGGCUAGGAAAAGAAGGGGGUGGGAAUGUUUUGGGGGUGGCUGAGACGAGGAAAUAUUGUUAUCCUGUUAUUCAACAUCAAAGUGACACGCAGAGUGGGUCUUUGGAUCUCGUGUUUGCACCGUUCGAUCAACCCCACGGACUGACUGAUAGGCACUUCGGUAUUCCCAGGAGAAAUGAUUGCACGGCUUUUUAUCACAAGAACUGACAGGGGUUCCCUUUGGAUUCACCCACCGAGACGUUUAUAUAGGGCAGGGAUUUCGAAUCUCAGCCAAACAACUUUUCACGUCCGGACAGAUCAAAACUGAAGGCAGACGCAAACAGUUGGAAGAGAACCUCGCCUAAGAAUGAAAGGAUUAAAAACUCUUACAGCCUAUGCGCUUGCUGUGUUGGUAUUGGCUACAUUCAUCGCUCACUCUUGGAGCGCUCCGAAGGGAUUUCAGAGAAGAAACUGGACCCCUCAGGCGAUGCUUUAUUUGAAGGGCGCCCAAGGAAGACGAUUUGUAUCAGAGGAUAGAAAAGAAGGUGAUGUUUAUGAUGCACUGCAUUUAGAAACCAGAAGCCAAGACAGCAGCCCUCUGAGCCUGCCAGAGGUUGCAGCUUUACUGCUCAGUUUUAUCCAACAGGCAAAGGAGGAAGCUAACGAAAAUGCUGAACAAAUGAAUUUUCAAGACCUGCCAACAUGGAACAGAGAAUUCUUCUAACAGUCAAAGAGUCUAGUAAUGUAGUUCUAAAUUACUGUAUUUAAUUGUGUUCAGAACUUCAUAAUGUGAAUUCUGUAAAAAAUGAAAGAUUGUGAAUUACAGCAUAUAGCCUUGACUUAAUGUUUUGAAUGUAUAGUUAAUUAAAACAAGCCUUUGCAUUCAAAAAGCCAUCUUUUAUUACUCAAUGCCAAAAUAGCGAUCAGGGAAUUCACAAUUUAAUGUUGUUUUUCCUAAGAUGAGAUAUAUUUGUCUAAUACCGAGACUAUAGUUUCAUUGCAGUCCGUAAGACGUUUUUCCAAGAACUGCAUCAUUGCACACAGGGAUGGACCUGCAAAUGUUCUUUUGUAUAAUAAAGGAAGUUACUACACAAUUUCAAACAGGGUGUUUUUAUUCCCCUCCAGUUAUAGCCAACAGCAAUGGUGUCAGAA